ACUACCCUCAAAGAUAAAACCCUAUACCCCCAUUCUCAACCUUAUCUCCAGUCUCUUCUCCCCCACCCCACCCCCACCAAUGGCAACCAUGAACUCCUCCACUCUCUCCUCCCUCAAAGCCAUAAUGGCCUCCUUGCCGACCCCUAGAAUCGCCCCGCGCGGCGCCCUUGUCCCCUCCCUCCGACCCAACCAAUUUCUUCCCCCUCUCUCGUCCCGCCACCGGCCAACCUUCCUGCCGGGGGUGCCCCGGGCCAUGGCAGUGGACGGGGAGUACUCGUCGAGGAGGAGCAGCAGCAGCGAGCCGAGGGAGACGAUCCUGCUUCCCGGAUGCGACUACAACCACUGGCUUAUCGUCAUGGAGUUCCCCAAGGACCCUGCCCCCACCCGGGAGCAGAUGAUCGAGACCUACCUCAACACCCUUGCCACCGUUCUGGGAAGCAUGGAGGAAGCUAAGAAGAACAUGUAUGCUUUUAGUACUACUACUUAUACCGGCUUUCAGUGUACUGUUUCUGAAGAGACUUCAGAGAAAUUCAAGGGAUUGCCUGGUGUUCUUUGGGUACUACCAGAUUCCUACAUUGAUGUGAAAAACAAGGAUUAUGGAGGUGAUAAAUAUAUAAACGGGGAGAUAAUUCCAUGUACAUACCCAACCUACCAACCAAGACAACGAAGUGGUUCAAAAUACCAGAGCAGAAGGUAUGAGAGACGGAGGGAUGGUCCUCCAUCCGAACGCAGAAGACCAACACAGGAAACUUCUCGGCCUGAGUCAGCUUCAUCGUGAGAUUGGUCAUUUAGUGUAUGCACCAAUGACGGGCUGGUAUACCAUGAAAUCCUGUGAUCUGUCACUACCUUAUCUGAAUUCUACUUUGAGAAGUAUCUUUCAUGAUAGAGGCAGAAUUUGCUGAUAUGGGAUGAGCUAGUCAUGUAAUAAUUCUACUUAACCAAGUCCAUUUUAUGUCAUGUACUAAUUGCAGAACUGAGAGUAUGUUAGUUAACCACACUGUCAUUACUGCUACUCAAACUUCUGUCAAUUAUUUGCGUUGGGAAAUUGAGAAGAAUUUGGAAA